AUUUUAUCACGAGUAGGUAUCGUUUAUGCUCAAAAAACUUUCAUCAAUGUUUACGUUUGGUCGUUAAAAAAUUUGCUCGUUUUGUUUAAUAAUUAUAAAGUUUAAACAAUAUUAUGUUUCGUUCAGGCUCCAGCUGUCUGAUCACAUCAACGUAGAACCGGACAAACGUUAAAGUAAUCGCUCGCAUGCACCGUAAGCAACGACGGCUAUGGCUAAAGAACACAAAAAGCACAAGAAACACAAACAUUCAAAGAACAAACACAAACCCAAAGACGAUCACGGAUACCACGUGCCGAUCGUUCCGCUCAAGAGCGACGUGUGUCYAAAAUCGGUGUCGGUGGCAACGCCAACAGUGGGCGAGUCGAGAGACACCGUCGCCAAACCCAUCGGACCAGUUCUGCCGYCAGCCCUGUCGAGCUCCGUUGGCSAUCAUGUACACGAGAUCAAUACACCAGGACCAGAGGCCAAUGAACCAAACCACUCGUACGGGCCCAGCUUACCACCACAUCUGGUUCCGCAGAAACGCGCGCCAGGACCGUCGUUGCCUUUAGAUUUCAAAUUAGAAGAUAAAGUAGUUGCUCAAAUUGAUGACGACAUCUCGGGUUUCGGUCCAUUACCRGCUGAACUGAUAACUUCAGACUCUGAGCAAUUAUUCAUACAAAAACAAUUGGAGUUGCGAGCUGAAUAUAUGAAACGAAAAUUUGCUGGAGAAAUAUGUGAUGAUAAAAAACAGGAAACGGUUCGAGAGAAAUGGAUGUUAGAGUUGCCGCCAGAAAAGGCUGCCAAUCUAGGUUUAGGUGCAAGGCAGUUCAGAAAACGAGAAGCUCCCGACAUGAGUAACCGAUCAGAAUGGACUGACACACCAACAGAUAAACAACGUAAAGCUCAAGAACCAAAAACUGCUGAAGAAACAGACAUGGAUGCAUUGAAACUGAUUGCAAUUCAAAAACGUGAUGAGGAAAUGGAAAAACUGGCAGAAACCUCAGUCAAACGGAAACCUUAUUCGUUAUUAGAAAUGCACCAAGAAAAACUAAAAAAACAAAAAAAGGAAAAGUUGAAAGAAGAACCUGUAGAAAGAAGACCUUUUAGUAGGGAAAUUGAUCUGCAAUGUAAUAAAUUUGAUAACGCUCAGAAACAAUCAAUAUUGAAAAAAGCCAGUCAGCUGAAUAAUAGAUUUUCACAGGGUGAAUCUAGAUUUCUUUGAAUCUAAAUUAAAUCAAAUUACAACUUGUCGGUAGUUGYCCAUCAUUAACAUCUAGGUAUGUUUAUUGAGUAUACAUGUGAUUUUCUUCACUGAACUUUACAAAAUAUAUUUGUAUAUAAUAUAAAUGAGACUAAUAAAAAUGUAAUUUAAUUAAUGACUAUCAAUAUUGA